UAUUCGAAUCUUGUUUAUUUAAAAUCGAUAUAUCUAAAAAAAAAAUGAAAACGAUCGUGAUUAUUUCUGCUAUUUGCGUUUGCGUUGCUGCAAUGACAGAUGAGGAAUUAAAAAACGGACUACGUACUCUACAGCCAAUUUGCAUGGCAGAAAGUGGCGCUAGUCAACAAAUAAUAGAUGACAUUUAUAGUGGCAACAUUAAUUUAGAUGAUGAAAAUGUUCAAUCAUAUGUUGAAUGUAUGAUGAAAAAAUUUAAUAUUGUUGACGAGAAUGGAAAUUUUAAGGAAAAAGAUACCAGAGAUAUUGUGGGAGCAGUUUUAAAUGAGGAUGAAGUUAAUCAAUUAAUCACUGAAUGUUCACCUAUCUCUGAUACCAAUGUACGUGUAAAAAUUAGUAAGAUAUUACAGUGUUUUGCGAAAUAUAAAACAAUAAAUAAUAUACUAAAUUCCUAAAUGUAACUAUCAAGAGCAAGAGGUUUGUUCAGCAUAUAGUAUACUUACUUUCUAUUUUAAUUGAUUAUUUCAUUUAUUUUAAUUAAUUAAAAUAUAUUUGAAAACUUUUAUUAAUAAAUCAAUAUAUUAUUAAUAAAUUAAUGUAUGAUUAUUUAACGU